AUGAAUGCUAAAAGAAUAUCGGAUCUUGAGGAAUGGCUAGCAAUAGAUAUACCCGACGGUGAAGAUUCUGAAGAUGAAUAUAAUGUGGAUGACAUCUUGACUAACGAAGAAGCUCAAAAUGAGGUAGAAAAACUUGAUAAAUAUUUUUUACGUAAUGAACAGCUUUCUGAAGUAACUGAACUAGUUAACAAUGACGACUUUAUUAUUUUUGAUUUUCCUGAAGGCAAUAAUCAAAAUCAAUGUACUUCGUCAGAUUCGUCUAUAAUAGAUACUAGAACUUUGAGGUCCCAAACUUCUCAAACGCCUAUUGAUGUAAAUGUACCGGUUGAUGGAGGUGUUAUUCCUGAAAAUAUAGAACCUAAUAUCGAAAUAAAUCGACAGUGGAAAAAAAAAAAUGAAAUUACAGCUGAUCUGCCCCAAUAUGACGUACAACAAUUAUUAUAUAAUGAAAAUAUGUUUGCUGGUUGCAAAACUGCAACUGAUGUUUUUCUAAAAUUUAUUCGCCCUAUUGUCGACAAUAUAAUUUUCCAAAGUAAUCUUUACGCAACACAAAAUAACAAAAAUUUAAAACUAACUGAAAAAGAACUAUAUGCUUUUUUGGGAAUAAAUUUUUGCAUGGGAUACAAUAAAUUACCAUCAUAUAAGUUAUAUUGGAAUACUAGUGAAGAUUUACAUGUACGUUCGAUUUCCAAAGCCAUGUCUAGGGAUCGAUUUCUAGAAAUAUUAUCAAAUAUUCACGUUAAUGACAAUGCGAAUUUACCUAAUAAUAAUAAAGAUAAAUUAUAUAAAUUACGUCCUAUGAUCGAUACUCUAAACAAAAUUUUUCCCGAAGCAUAUUAUGGAACUCGUGAAUUAAGUGUUGACGAAUCAAUGAUAAAAUUUAAGGGGCGAAGCACAAUUAAGCAGUAUAAUCCCAUGAAGCCCAUCAAACACGGUUAUAAAUUAUGGUGCAUUGCGGAUCUAAAUGGUUACAUUUUGAAAUAUUCAGUAUACCAAGGCAAAAAUGAAACUUUGGAACAAGAGUUCGAUAAGUAUAAUUUGGGCGAAAGAGUAGUACUUAUGUUGACUAAACCUUUUUGGAAACAACAAAGAAUUAUAAUGUUUGAUAAUUAUUUUACAUCAAUUACACUUUUGGAAAGAUUAAAAAAUGAACAAACAUUGGCUUGUGGUACUAUACGAAAUAAUCGUAAAGGAAUGCCACAAAAUCUAAAAAAAGAUUCGGAUAUUAAGCGUGGAGAUUUCGACCAUAGAUUUUCUACUUCUGGAAUCGUCAUAUUUAAAUGGAAAGAUAAUAAAGUUGUGUACUUGGCAUCAAACUAUCAUGGUAAUGAAACUACGACUGUACAACGAACUUCAAAAGAUGGCUCAAAAUCAAAUGUUACGUGUCCGACUUUGGUAAAAGACUACAAUGCGUUCAUGGGAGGAGUAGACCACGCGGACCGACUGCGAGCUUUAUAUUGUGUUGAUCGAAAAUCAAAGAAGUGGUGGUUACGAAUUUUCUGGGGCCUUCUGGACAUAGUUUUUGUAAAUGCACACGUUGUGUAUUGUCAAAUUUUUGGACAAACGGAUGUAUUAGAAGUUCGACGUUCAAUCGCCCUCGGACUUAUGGCUGAGUGUGACCCAACUUCCAAAAGGUCAAUAUGCAUAAAAAGAACUCCCCCGACUGCUCCUAACAAUCGAAGGAAAAAAGCUAUGUCCAUUGUUAAAGACGUGAGAUUGGGUAAUAGAGGUAUUCAUUGGCCAGCUUUCGGAUCAAAAAGGGGAAGGUGUGAACUAUGUAUUAUAAGAGGAGUGGAGUCACGACCAAAAUCAACUUGUAAUCAUUGUCGUGUGUUUUUAUGUUGUAAUGAAAAAAAAAAUUGUUUUGUUGAUUACCACCAAAUAGAUAUAAAUAAUAAGUAA